AAAACACAACCGGGUGAGGGAGCGCUUCCGCCCGGAGAGGGCAGUCCGGGUUGAGCCGGCUUUCCCGGGUCUUGUCCAGCUGCCGCCGCUUUGCUGCAAAGCUGAUCGGUGCAAAAACAUGAGUGACUCCGCGGGAGGGCGCGCUGGUCUUCGGCGUUACCCCAAGCUCCCAGUGUGGGUGGUGGAGGAUCAUCAAGAGGUUCUACCCUUUAUAUACCGGGCCAUAGGCUCAAAGCAUCUUCCUGCCAGUAAUAUAAGUUUUUUACAUUUUGACUCACAUCCAGACCUCCUUAUUCCUGUGAAUAUGCCAGCAGACACUGUGUUUGAUAAGGAAACACUCUUCGGAGAAUUAAGUAUUGAAAAUUGGAUUAUGCCUGCGGUUUAUGCUGGCCAUUUUUCACAUGUAGUAUGGUUUCAUCCCACAUGGGCUCAGCAAAUCAGAGAGGGAAAACACCACUUUUUAGUAGGUAAAGACACUUCUACCACAACAAUCAGGGUUACAAGUACAGAUCAUUACUUCCUAAGUGAUGGUCUGUAUGUACCUGAAGACCAGCUAGAGAACCAAAAACCUUUACAAUUGGAUGUAAUUAUGGUAAAACCUUAUAAACUCUGUAACAAUCAAGAAGAAAACGAUGCAGUGUCUUCUGCUAAGAAACCAAAGCUAGCCCUGGAAGAUUCGGAAAACACUGCCUCUACUAACUGUGACUCUUCUUCAGAAGGACUGGAAAAGGACGCAGCAACACAGAGAAGUGACCAGACUUGCCUAGAACCAUCAUGUUCAUGUUCUUCUGAAAAUCAGGAAUGCCAGACUGCCGCCAGCACUGGGGAGAUUCUGGAAAUUUUGAAGAAAGGGAAGGCAUUUGUUUUAGAUAUUGACUUGGAUUUUUUUUCAGUGAAGAAUCCCUUCAAAGAAAUGUUCACUCAGGAAGAGUACAAAAUCUUACAAGAGCUGUACAAAUUUAAGAAACCUGGCACCAACCUAACAGAGGAAGAUUUGAUAGAUAUUGUUGAUACUCGAAUUCAUCAGUUAGAGGAUUUAGAAGCCACUUUUGCUGAUUUGUGUGAUGGUGAUGAUGAAGAAACUGUACAGAGAUGGGCUUCAAACCCUGGAAUGGAAUCACUAGUUCCCCUUGUACAGAGUUUGAAAAAACGGAUGGAAGUACCAGACUAUGAAAUGGUUCACCAGGCUGGUUUAACCUGCGAUUAUUCAGAACUUCCUCACCAUAUCAGCACAGAACAAGAAAUAGAGUAUCUUAUUCAAUCUGUGCAUUAUUUACUGAAAAAUUUGCCAAAUCCUACUCUUGUGACAAUUGCAAGGUCAAGUCGGGAUGAUUACUGUCCUUCUGACCAAGUUGACACCAUUCAAGAAAAGGUCCUCAAUAUGCUACGUGCCCUCUAUGGAAAUCUAGACCUCCAAGUGCAUGCAGCAGAGUCUUCUCCAUCUUAAAACAAACAAAACAUUAGGCUCCUAUUGUAUCUUGGUUUGGUAACAGGCCUUUAAUUAAUUUAUUUGUAAAUGAAUCUUCCAGAGAACACUGUUUUUAUAUUAACUUUCAACUGAAAUCUUUCAGAUAUUUUGAAUCUCUAAACAACUAUUGUCAGUUGUGGAAUGAUGGUAAAUUUUUUGGCAUUAAGUCUAAUAACCCCAACUGAUGCUUAUCUGUCUUCCUUAAGUUUUUUUUUAGGGUUUUUGUUUUUUCCACUUUCCCCCCAGGUCUGUUGGACUGUAUGAGAUUCAUUCAUACUUCAUUUAUUCAUUGAACUAAUAUUUAUUGAGCACUUACAUGUACCAGACAUUAUUAAGUGCUGGGGUAUAUGGUAAUGAACAGAAUAGACAAGGCCCCUGCCCUUUCAGGGGAGACAGAUGAGAAAUAAAUUAUGGGUUAUGAGAAAUGUUUUGAAGGAAUGGACAACAACAGACAUGUCUUCGUACUUAGGACACCCUGGCCUUAUAGGAAAAUAACAUUCUCUUUUUUUUUUUUUUUUUUUUAAUUUUAUAAAAGUAGAGAUGGGGUCUCACCAUGUUACCCAGGCUGGUCUCGAACUCCUGGGCACAAGCAAUCCACCUGCCUUUGCCUCCCGAAGUGCUGGGAUUACAGGUGUGAGCCACUGCCCCAGCCAGAAACUAACAUUCUCAAAAGCUACUAUGGAAAAAAACCCACAAAUUUGCCAAUCUGUGAAAUUAUCACAGGAAGUCUGCCUUUCCAAGGAAUUUGGCAUUGUGGUCCUGCUCUUGCCAAAUGCUCUCCAGCAUUGUUGGUAUCAAGGUGGUCUGGUUGAGUAAACUUGACCAAACAAAAAUUAACUGUUUUUUGCUUUGCUGAUUUUGUUUUUGUUUUUGUUUUUGUUUUGCUAAUCAAAAAAGUCCUUCAGGGUCUUUUGUGCCUCCAGGCGGUCAUUGUAGAUCAGUAAUACAGUCCCUAAGAGCCACUUUAUUGGCAUGUCUGGAUUGAUACUUUUUUCAGAUAAACCAGCUUUUUAUGUAAACAGUAACGAAAAAGGUAAAUCUUUAAUUCUGACCUGCCGUAAAUACCCAAAGAUAUAAACUGUCUUCCACCACCCUCUUCAUGACUAAGACAUCCUUCUUGAGUCACUCUUAAUCAUGAAACUGGAUUUUCUCAAUUUGCCAGUCUUCUGAUCUUUAGCAUCUCUUUAGUUCAGUAAUUUUUACCUACCUACUUGAUUUAUUUUCCUUUAAAACGUGAAAUGACAUUUAAAGAAAAACAAACACCCAUCAUUCCUCAGUCCCUACACAGCAGUUCUUUUCACUCUUGCCUGUAACUUUCAGGCCACAUGUGUUCCUAUAGAGUUGCAUGUAGCUAAAAUUAUAGUGUGCUGCCUGACUUUGUGCUAAUAACCAAGGACACACAUUAUCAUUGCCUCUCAGUGGAUGGCACCUGACCCCAUUUUUCCAAGGAUUCUAUUUUCCAGUGAAUUUUUUGUCACCGAGUUAAUUUCCCAAGCGUGAUAGCAUGAAUGCUUAUUUAUGUUGUGAAAAGCAGAGCAGCCUGACUCAGCUUUCCAUUUUGAUAAAACAACAUGUGCCAAAAAAAGGGUUUAUUUUCUUGGUAAAAUCAGAAUCUUAGAAUUGUGCUAUUUUUAAUUUUUAAAAUUUUUGGUUAGAGCGUAUAGACAUUACUUUUAUGGUUAUUUUGCGUGCUAAAUAAAGGGUAUGUUUUGAACUAUAGCACUAAUUAAUGUGUGUUAUCUCAGUAUGUCGAUGGCUUUGAUUUUGUGAGUGGUUAACUAUUCAUUUAUUAUGAUUCCCAUGAACUCUGAUAUGAUUCAUUGUGGUUUUAACUCAGGUUGAAUAAAAGCAUCAGUUUCUUUUAUAGGAAUGUUUGUUUAAUUCUCAUGUUCUGUGAUCAUCUCUUUGAGAAUAAAAUUCAGUCCCUAAGAGUUGAAAAGAA